AUGAAUUUAGUUAUAGGUAAGAACAGUCAGUAUGAGACGUUCCACGUGGAUCAGAAAGGCUAUAGCUUGUACGACGGUGACGACUUGGAGACGCCGCCGUCGCCUGACAGACCACCACCGAGACCCAUAGGUACUGUAAAACCCAAUAUGAAGUAUCAUAAUUUAUUUUAUGGGAUCGGGGGCAGACGAGCAGACGGAUCACCUGAGGACAAAUAUGUACGUGCCGAGUGUCCAUGUCUAACAGCGCGAUAUACAGUCGCGCUGCUCGCUUGCUUCGGCUUUAGCAUCAUGUUCGGAAUGAGGUGCAACAUGAGCAUGGCUAAGCUCAAAAUGACAGAAAAAAUCAACACUUCGAGUGGUGUCAAAGAAGAAACUCCUUUCGAAUGGAAUGUAAAAGUGGAAUCGUCGAUAGAUUCUUCAUACUUUUUCGGGUACCUUAUAACGCAGGUUCCUGGGGGUUUUUUAGCGUCCAUGUAUCCUGCAAAUAAGAUUUUUGGCGUUGCUAUUGUGACUUCAGCGAUAUUCAAUAUGGCUAUACCGGGAGCAAUGUCAGUAGGCCCAGCGGCUGUUGUAUUAUUGAAAGUAGCUCAGGGAUUUGUGGAGGGUGUUACCUAUCCAUCUUGCCACGGCAUCUGGAGGAUGUGGGCCCCACCUUUAGAGAGAUCUCGAUUGGCAACACUGGCAUUCUGUGGUACUUACGCUGGUAUCGUCAUUGGCAUGCCACUCUCAGGCUUACUCACUGAUUAUAUCUCAUGGGAAGCACCAUUUUACUUUUAUGGAGUCUCUGGUGUUGUCUGGUAUGUUAUGUGGCUUUGGCUUGUAUUUGAGAGGCCUAGUAAACACCCCCACAUUUCGGGCAAGGAGCUUACGUACAUCGAACAGUCAUUAGGAACGGCGACACAGGCCGCAAUGCCCGGCUUUUGGAACACACCUUGGAAGGCUUUCGCCACUUCACCGCCGUCUGGUUUCGUCGGUGCUAUCCCUCACUUGAUUAUGACUUCACUGGUGCCGAUCGGCGGCAUGUUAGCAGAUUACCUGAGAAAGAAUAACAUUAUGACCACAACUAAUGUGCGCAAACUCUUCAACUGUGGUGGUUUCGGAAUGGAAGCAUUCUUCUUUAUCCUAGUAGCAUAUGCCAAUAAUAAGUAUGUUGCUACCAUAGAACUCACGCUAGGCGUUGCCUUCAGCGGUUUCGCGAUAUCAGGCUACAAUGUCAAUCAUCUGGACAUAGCGCCGCGGUACGCUUCUAUUCUUAUGGGCUUAUCUAAUGGUAUCGGCACCAUUGCUGGCUUCCUCGUACCAAUUGUCAUCGACUACAUCACACAGGAUAAGAAUAUCCACGAGAAAGCUAUCACGGAGUGGCGAGCGGUGUUCCUGAUGGGUGCCACAGUACAUUUCAUAGGAAUCACAAUUUACGGUAUCUUCGCGUCUGGAGAACUACAGCCGUGGGCCGAGCCGACGUCUGAAUUUGAUACGGCAGUCAAAUCGCUGGAGCAUGAAACCACUUUCACGGAGCGGUCUUCAGCAGCACCAUUGAAAGGCUCUGAGCCCCCAGCAUAUGGCGCUAUAGCAGCACCUCCCCGACCACCAGUACCUGAGAAGCACGUCCCAAAUAAUCCCUUCGAAUCUCAGGCCAGAUAG